CUCCCGCCCAUCCACCCGCCGCCGUUACCUCCAGCCUCCAGCUUCAGUGCCAGUCGCACUUGCAUCUGCUCACACCCCGAUCGUUCGCUAUCCGGCGCGCGGCGCUCUCCUCAACACCACCCCGGCUCCACUCCCGCCCCACCACCCACCACCCGCCGCCACGGCUACAACCACCAUGGCGUCCGGCAAUAACAUCAAGGUUGUGUGUCGAUUCCGUCCGAUGAAUCGGAUGGAAGUCGAGGCCAAGUCUGAACGAGUCGUGGCGAUCACAGAUGACUCGCUCACCGUGGCGAUGAAGACGUCGGGGUCGCUCGCUGGCCCGGAGAAGGAUGGCUUCACGUUCGACCGUGUCUUCGACGAACAAUCGCGGCAACAGGACAUUUUCGACUUUGGCGUUAAGACCAUCGUCGAGGACGUUAUGACGGGCUUCAACGGCACGCUGUUCUGCUACGGCCAGACAGGUUCAGGCAAGACCUUCACGAUGAUGGGCGCGGAUAUCGAGAACCCAGAGCUCAAGGGUCUCAUUCCACGCAUCACGGAGCAGAUCUUCGCCUCGAUCGUCGCAGCAGAGAGCAAUAUCGAGUACACCGUCAAGGUCAGCUACAUGGAAAUCUACAUGGAGAAGAUCAAGGACCUGCUCGCGCCGCACAACGACAACCUCUCGAUCCACGAGGACAAGGCCCGCGGCGUGUACGUCAAGGGUUUGACGGACGUGUACGUCUCGUCCGAGGCCGAGGUGUUCGACGUCAUGCGUGCCGGCGGCGCCAGCCGCGCCGUUUCGUCGACAAACAUGAACGCCGAGUCGUCCCGCUCCCACUCGAUUUUUGUGAUUGGCGUGCACCAGCGCAACACCGAGACCGGCAGCCAGAAGUCGGGCAACCUCUACCUCGUUGAUUUGGCAGGUUCCGAGAAGGUUGGCAAGACCGGCGCGUCGGGCCAGACGCUGGAGGAAGCCAAGAAGAUCAACAAGAGUCUGUCGGCGCUCGGCAUGGUCAUCAACGCCCUGACGGACGGAAAGUCGACGCACAUUCCGUACCGAGACUCUAAACUUACGCGUAUUCUGCAAGAGUCGCUUGGUGGUAACUCGCGCACAACCCUAAUCAUCAACUGUUCGCCGGCGUCGUUUAAUGAGCCAGAAACCCUCUCUACCCUCCGCUUUGGCAUGCGUGCCAAGUCUAUCAAGAACAAGGCCCGAGUCAACGUCGAGCUCUCGCCUGCCGAGCUCCGUGCAAUGCUCAAGAAGCUUACUGCGGAGCUUGGCAUGUCGCGCGAGUACGCCGCCAUGCUCGAGGAGGAGGUCAAGGUGUGGCGGAAUGGCGGCAAGGUCGAGCAGGACAAGUGGACGCCGUCGAUGGUCAACAACAGCAGCUUGAGUGCCAGUGUCCGCAAGGCGACAUCCACCAGCCCAACACCAACAUCUCUCUCACGGCCAGACACACCUACCGCGUUCGGUGUCCUUGACAAGGACGAGAAGGAGGAGUUCCUGCGCCGCGAGAAUGAGCUCAGCGAUCAACUUGCCGAGCGUGAGAGUGCGCUUGCGGCUCGCGAGAAGGCACUCAAUGAGCUCAAGGAGGAAGUCGCGUUCCUCAAGGAGCAGGAGGCUGCGCUGAUGAAGGAGAACAAGGCCUCGACGGCCGAUGCCUCCGAGCUGCGUAUUCUCAACGCCCGCCUCGAGACCGAGAUCAAGGACCAGACCAUCUCGCUGGACACGUUCAAGGACCAGGUUGCCGAGCUCAAGCGCGAGAUCGACGAGCAGAAGGCCGAGAUCGAGGAGCGCAAGAAGGUCCAGUCGCGCGAGAAGGAGGAGGAGAAGGAGAAGCGCAAGCAGGAGAUGCUCAACGAGAUGAUGGCCAAGAUCGACAUGGGCGGCGUCAACCUCGACGCGGCCGGGGAAAAACUCCGCCUACACAUCAAGAAGGUGGAGGAGUCGAGCAGUGGCCAGGAGAAGAUCUCGACCGAGCUGCGCGACCUCGUGCGCAACCACUUUGCCGAGAACCAGCAGAUCAUGCGCGACUACCAGGAGCGCUUGCGGCUGGCGCAGGACAAUGCCGAGCUGCAGUCCAAGCGCAAGGCUGAGGUCGAGAAGCUUCUCGACCAGCGCAAUCGCGAGUACGAGGACUUGCUUGCGCGGUCCACCGGGUCUAACGACCCUUUGGCGGUCGCAGAAGUCAAGGAACGCCUUGAGGCCAAGUGGGCUGCUCAGGAGGAGAUGCUCAAGGGCGAGAUCAAGGCGCUCACCGAGCACGCGGACAAGUCGGCGAGCGAGAUCCGCCGCCUGCAGAGCACGAUUGAGACGUACAAGCUCGGCAACGAGGAGCUGAACCGCGCACUCGAGGCGGCUUCGUCUGGGCACGAGGACGGUGAGAAGUUUGCCACGGCAGCGCGCGAGCUCGAGCGCCAGCGCAAGCAGUAUGACAUCCAGUACGCCGAGUUUGAGAUUGUGCGCAAGAGCUUGAUGAAGGAUCUCCAGAACCGGUGUGAGAAGGUCGUGGAGCUCGAGAUGCAGUUGGACGAGGUGCGCGAGCAGUACAAGGUGAUCGCGCGCUCGGCGUCUUCGCGCAACCAGCAGAAGAAGCUCGAGUUCUUGGAGCACAACCUCGACGCGCUCAACCAGGUGCAGAAGCAGCUGGUGGACCAGAACACGCAGCUCAAGAAGGAGGUUGGCGUGGCGGAGCGCAAGCUCAUCACGCGCAACGAGCGCAUCCAGAACCUCGAGCAGCUGUUGAACGACGCGGACGCGCGCCUCGCCCAAAAGAACCAGCGGUACGAGCAGCAGAUCGAGGGCUUCCGCGCACGCCUCGCGGAGAUGCAGGCGCGCGAGCAGGCGAGCUUCAACCACGCGCGCAUCGCCAAGCCGCUCCGAGGCGGUGGCGGCGUCCCCGCCGUCCCAUCCAACCCCUUCGCCAACCCCAUCACACGGGUGCAGCACGACGAAAGCCCGGCAAGCGCAAAACGCCAGUCCUGGUUCUUCUCCCCCUCCCGCUAAUAGCACGACAUAGAUGGUACAUGACAUGAAUGACCUUGACGCGGCUCACUCUCCGAUCUCCCAUGCAAGCUCUCCGCGCCCCCACGCGCCCUCGCCCCCAACGCCUUCGCCGUCG